AUGUCCCAUCGCAAAUUUGAAGCUCCUCGUCACGGUUCAUUGGGGUUUUUGCCUCGCAAGAGAUGCACUCGUGGAAAGGGAAAGGUAAAGUCAUUCCCAAAAGAUGAUGCCUCCAAGCCUGUUCACCUCACAGCCUUCAUGGGAUACAAAGCUGGAAUGACCCAUAUAGUCCGUGACCUUGACAAGGUUGGAUCCAAGAUGCACAAGAGGGAAAUCGUCGAGGCAGUCACUGUCCUUGAAACGCCCCCAAUGGUCAUCGUUGGUCUUGUUGGCUACAUGAGCACCCCAAAGGGCCUCAAAGCCGUUACUACUGUUUGGGCCGAACAUCUUGGAGAGGAAAUGCGCCGCAGAUUCUAUAGGAACUGGUAUCACUCCAAAAACAAGGCCUUCACCAAAUAUGUCAAGAAAUAUGCUGCUGACAGCGGUGCUCCAAUUACCGAUUCCCUCGAACGCAUCAAGAGCUAUGCAAAUGUCAUUCGCGUUAUUGCGCAUACCCAAAUCCGCAAAAUUAACAUUGGUCAAAAGAGAGCCCAUGUUAUGGAAAUCCAGGUCAAUGGCGGCACAGUUGCUGACAAGGUUGAUUGGGCCUACUCUCAUUUUGAAAAAGUCGUCCCGAUUUCUAGUGUUUUUACUCAAGACGAAUUGAUCGACACCAUUUCCAUUACCAAGGGUAAAGGGUUUGAAGGCGUUACCACCCGUUGGGGUACCAGAAUGCUCCCGCGCAAGACCAACAAGGGUCUUCGUAAGGUCGCUUGCAUCGGUGCUUGGCAUCCAAGCCGUGUCAUGUAUUCAGUCCCUCGUGCUGGUCAAAAUGGCUUCCAUCAUCGUACCGAAACCAACAAGAAGAUUUAUCGUCUGGGAACUGGAUCUGAUCAAACCUCGGCCUCUACUGAGUUUGAUCUUACCAAAAAAUGUAUCACCCCCAUGGGUGGCUUUCCUCAUUAUGGUGUCGUUGAUGAAGAUUUCAUCCUCAUCAAAGGCUGCUGCCCUGGUGUCAAGAAAAGAGUCAUCACUCUUCGUAAGGCUCUCCAUGUACCCACCACUCGUUCGGCUCUUGAAAAGAUCAAUCUCAAAUUUAUCGAUACUUCUUCCAAAUUUGGACAUGGUCGCUUCCAGACUACCGAAGAAAAGACCGCCUUUAUGGGUCCUAUGAAGAAAGAUCUUUAA